AUGGCGUCCCGAGAAGCUGUAGGAAAGCUAUCUGUCUCUCCGUGACUCAUACUGGACGACGGGUGAAGGACAGAGGCUUUCACAGCGGUCUCCGCCGUUGUGGCUAGCUCCGCGGCCACCCCAGGACUGCACCGGUGUUAACACUCGGCAUUCUUACAUGUGACUUUUGGGACAAUGAGGCUGAGAGUGCGCAAAGCAUCUCAGCAGCUGAUCCCUACCCCACCUGUCCGGACCACCAAGGCCAAGAGGAAACACUCCGAAGUGGAGCAUACAAGGCCCUCAGGAGGAGCAAGGAUGCAGAAGACUGACACUGGCAUCUUCUCCACCAUCAAGAGGUUCAUUAGGGGCAAUGCUGUCAAGGUGGAGCAGUGUACCCCUGCUAAGAGGAGCCGUGUCGACUGUGACUCGGACAGUAACUUGAUCACAUCCACCCCACCCGCUGGGAACCUGCCCAGCAGAACUAACCCUAGAACUCGCAGGAAAGGUCCUGCCAAUGGAGACACCAUGGCCUGUGAAAGUAAACUAGUGAAGCCCAAUGGAAAGCUAGAGGUGCAGACUGAAGCUCCUAGUAGUCCGCCUCGUACCACCCUUCUGGGAACCUUCUUUUCUCCUGUUUUUAACUUUUUCUCGCCAGCGAAUAAAAAUGCUACAUCGGGCUCAGAUUCUCCUGGGCAGGCAGUCGAGGCUGAGGAGAUAGUGAAGCAGCUGGACAUGGAACAGCUAGAGGAGACCCCCACUAGCACUACCACCGACGGUAGCAGAGACAUCACCUUUGACCCAGCACUAAACACAAGACCUUUGCUGCCCACAGAAACAGCUGAGGAGGAGGGGGAGAUUGCCACUGAGGCUGAUAUGCCUCCUUUGACAGCUGUUGGAUCUAACAGCAAUUACCCUGAUGCCCCACCAUCACCCCCAGCAGAAGGGACAUAUGAAGAAGACUGGGAGGUCUUUGAUCCUUAUUUCUUCAUUAAACAUGUGCCACCACUGACUGAGGAGCAACUUACCCGUAAGCCAGCACUUCCACUCAAGACCAGGAGUACUCCAGAGUUCUCUCUCGUCCUGGAUCUGGAUGAGACCUUGGUUCACUGCAGCCUAAAUGAGCUGGAAGAUGCAGCACUGACCUUCCCUGUGCUUUUCCAGGAUGUCAUUUACCAGGUAUAUGUCCGGUUGCGACCGUUCUUCAGAGAAUUCCUGGAACGUAUGUCCCAAAUUUAUGAGAUCAUUCUUUUUACCGCUUCCAAGAAGGUUUAUGCUGACAAGUUGUUGAACAUUCUGGAUCCUAAGAAACAGUUGGUUAGGCACAGACUAUUUCGUGAGCACUGUGUAUGCGUCCAAGGAAACUACAUCAAAGACUUGAACAUACUUGGGAGGGAUUUAUCCAAGACCAUAAUAAUUGACAACUCACCGCAAGCUUUUGCGUACCAGCUGUCUAACGGGAUCCCAAUUGAGAGUUGGUUUGUGGACAAGAAUGACAAUGAGCUCCUCAAGCUGGUCCCGUUCUUGGAGAAGCUUGUGGAAUUGAAUGAGGAUGUUCGGCCUCACAUAAGAGAGAAGUUUCGCUUGCAUGACCUUUUGCCCCCGGAUUGAGGUGUCUCAAGCUUGCAGACCAACUUGACUGUUUUAAUAAAUUGGAAUUUUCAAAAGGGGCACGGAAGUAUACGUAACUACAAACUCUAAUGAGGAUUUGAACUACAGAUUUAGUUUUACCGGCUAUGUUUUAUGUGGAGAUAGGGUGGGUUAUCAACAAAGAUUUUAAAGAAAAUGACUUUCAAGUAUGCAUACAUUUUAUAUAAACACUCAAAUGUAAUUGUAAUUGAAGGAAAGAACAAUUCCUCAGCUUUGACUGCCUGGCCUCUUGACAGAUAUUUGUAUGUCUGGGCUCGGCAACAGAAGAGACUCUUAACAAUAUUUUUUUUCUUUUCCUUUACUGUUUUUCAUUUUUGCCUAAAUUGGACUGUAUGUAAAGUGCUGUGGAGAAGAGGACUGAUGUCACUCCUUUUGGUGCUCAAAGGGACACUCCGCCCUUACUAGCCAUCGACUUUUCAACAGCAAUGGCCAGUUAAUUAUGAAUUCAUAAACAUAUAAAUAUAUAUAUACAUAUUCAGUUGUGUGUAUAUGUAUAUAUAACAUUUGUACAUAUGUAUUUUCCUGUCAGGUUUGUAAAACGUUCCUUUCGCUCUUGAGUUCAACAUGCAUUCCUUUUAGUUGGAAGGCUUGUUUGAUAGAUAUGCUGACUUUUUAUUGAUUUUUACUAUAGGUUUGAAGUUUUAUUUUUAAAUGGCUUCUCUCUUAUGCUUUAUUUUCUAAAUGCUUCUAGACUGGUUAAAAAAAAAAAAAAAAGUGAACAUAUCCCGUCACCUGUAAGAUGCGUAGCAUAUUUGGGGUGGGAUGGGAGGGUGUGAAAAUAAUGUAAAUCAACUUUUUUUCCCCUGCCUCUUAUGUAUAAUUGACUGAUGGUAAGAAUCAGUUUUGGUUUCUGAUUGCUUUAGACUAUUGACUCUGUUCAUAUGUUCUUGGGAGGGGGGUUAAUGUUUUUAUUCAAUUGUUAGUUUGUUUUAUAUGCCAAGUAUAGGUAAAAUGUAAAAUACUCUAUGUGACUUCGAUUGCUUUUCUGUGGAAAUAAUGCUUGGUCUCUUUAUGAAAUGUCUGGUAAUUGUAGCACCAGCACAUGGACUAGCCUAAUCACUGCAAAUGCGUCAUAUUCAGUGUUUUUCCUUAGCCAAUUCAAUCUUGCGUUUGAACUCAGUCCACUGUUUUAGGAAUCAUCGUGUACAAUUCUACCUCUCUCUGAUGGGUAGACCCUGCAUUUCAUUCAGUGUUACCCCAAUGUUUUCUUUUCUAUGGACAUAAUACAUUAUUUUUAUGUAUGAGUAAGCCU